CCUAGCAGGAGGCUGUGUCUGCCUCUGCCGGAACUCCAGGGGCGACCUCUGCCAACCGCUCCUGCGGCGGGCGGGGACUGUGGCCGCUUGCGGUUCCGAUCACCGGAAGGGCCAGGCCUCAGCGCUGCUGGGAGCUGCUUGUGGCCAAGCGGAUGCGGCCGGAGUGACCGCGAACGGGUCCAUGUUUUUGUUUCCUCCUUUCUUUUCUUAUUUCAUCCCGAACAGCGAAAGGUUCAGAGGCAAAGCGACAGAUACGUGUAACUACUGUGUCCCAACACGUGCGGGGUCCCAAGGACUCCGGUUGUUCGCUGGGACCCACCAUUAAAGCGGUUUCAGGAUACGCCUGUGUGUGGGGGGUUCUCCCCAAAGUGAAAAGUAGUUGUUUAGCCCUUUCCAAGUUGGUACUUUGGGGAAAGGGUUCUCACACAGGAAUGCAUCUUUCCACAGCCGUUGGCAUAGAGUUUGACAGCACCCUGCACCCCUCCCAGAGUUCUGAAUGCCUCCUGGGAGCAGAUUCCAGGUCAAACCAAUUUCGCCUACAUUGAAUGCCCUGCUUCCUGAUAUUUGUGUCUCAUAGAUCCUUGACUCAGUGAGACAGUCUUUCAGAUUUAGCUGAAUGCCACAGCCGGACCUCGAUGCAGACUGAAUCCAACAAGUGUGAAGAGGAGACGCCAUCCCUUUUGUGGGGUUUGGAUCCUGUAUUUCUAGCCUUUGCAAAACUCUACAUCAGGGAUAUCCUGGACAUGAAGGAAUCCCGCCAAGUGCCAGUGGAUGAUAGCACCGGAGUAAUAAACUGUAUCUGCUGGAAAAAGUCAAGCAGUCCCGAAUCUUCACCAGCCCUCAAGACUGCGGCUGCUCCAAGUGCAGCAAGUGAGCUAAGUCUGACCUCACAGCUUAAGAAACUUCAAGAGACCAUUGAGCAGAGAACCAAGGUAGAACUUGGGGACAUUAUCCAAAUCAGAGGCUACAUCCGCACAUACAGAGAAGAGCGAGAAAUUCAUGCCACUACUUAUUACAAAGUGGAUGAUCCAGUGUGGAAAAUUCAAAUUGCGAGGAUGCUUGAGCUGCCCACUAUCUAUAGGAGAGUUUAUGACCAGCCUUUCCGCAGCCCAGCUCUAGAGGAAGGAGCAGCAGCAAGCAAUCCAGAAGCCCAAGACCUCACCAGUCUCACGUGUUUGCUGAGUGAAAAAAUCAAAGAAUUCCUCGUGGAGAAGAGAGUGCAAACCUUUUACCAGCAGGAGCUGGAGAUGGUGGCAUCCUUGCUGACUUUUGCCAAUCAGCCUGUUAUUCACAGCACCUGCUCGGACCAAUUUAAGAACGACACCCCUUCCAAGGCAAUUCAUAGUAUAUUUAAGAAUGCUAUUCAGCUGCUACAGGAAAAAGGACUCGUUUUCCAGAAAGGCGGUGCUUUUGAUAACCUGUACCAUGUAACUAGAGAAGACAAAGAUCUGCACAGAAAGAUCCACCGGAUCAUUCAGGAAGACUGCCAGAAGCCCAAUCACAUGGAGAAGGGCUGCCACUUCCAGCACAUCUUGGCCUGUGUGCGCCUGAGCCUCCACCCAGGCCUGAGUGAGGCCGUGCUGCGGCAAGUGCUAGAGCUGCUGGAGGACCAGAGUGACAUCGUCAGCACAAUGGACCACUACUACAUGGCGUUCUGAGCAGAGGCCCUCGGAGUGACGGGGAGCAGAAAGACAAGGCUGCAUUCACCCUAGGUUCCAGUUGUGAACAUCGUGUGGGGCUUAUGUCU